UUCUGAUAGCAGUUGUCAACGGAAACUUGGAAACCGGAGCAGCAAAGUAACCUGCUUCGGCUAUAAAAACACAGCAGUCAAACUGUUAAUUUUAUGAAGAACUGCGGAGUGCAAUGGCUCUUCCCACCCUUUCCACACGCUGGUCGAGCCGCAGCCGGACCCUGGAGAAGCAGAUGGUGAGACGGCGGGAGCAGGAGGCACGCUGGAGGCAGCAGUGGGAGACCCACUCGCAGUACUUCAGAGAGCAGAGCGUCCGCAGCAGCAAGCAGGCACAGUGGAGCUCCAGGCAAUCCUUCCAUCAAAGCAUGACUGCAUACCACCGCAGCAUCCUGCAGGAGGAGAAGCAGCGCAGCCUAGAGGAGCGGCGGGAGCGGCUGCGCAUCCUCCUGCAGGAAGAACGUGACAAGCUGGAGGCUGAGCUGCGCGAGCUCCACCCCAACAGGACUGCGCAAUCUGGACAGUUGAUCCAGAAAGCAGAAGAAUUGCGAUUGGCCAGGGAGGAACGCCGGAAGAAGCUCGCACAGGAGCUACUGCGUGAACGCUGGAAGAGAAAUGACCCGGCGCUGAGACAGACUGAAUCAAUGUUGCACCAAGAUCAUGUGACGCACCACUGGCAAGUACAGGAGCAAGAGCGAAAGCAGCAACUGGAAGCUGCUCAGGAGGAGAAGAAGCGGUUUGAAAACGAAUACGAAAGAACUCGACGUGAGGCACUGCAGAGGAUAAAGGAGGAAGAGGAGAGGCGGAAGGCUGAGGCACGGCGCCGAGCGGAGGAGCUCCAGCAUCAGAUGGAGGAGCUGAAGCUUCGGGAGGAGGAGGCCAGUCGACUGAAAAAAGAACAGGAGGCUCUGCUGUCCCAGCGCUGGGAAGUAGAGAAGCUGGAGGAGGAGAGGAAGAAGCAAGAAGAGUGGCGAAAGAAAUACGAACUCGGGUGUUUUUUGGGUAGGCAGUACCGUACGCAGUUGAAGAGACGAGCCCAGCAGGUGCAGGAGGAGCUGGAGAUGGAUCAGCAGAUCUUGGCUGCACUGCUGGAGGCGGAGCAGGAGGACCAGCGGUUGGCCAGUGCGCAGAGGGAGAGGGCUGUGGCAGAUGCCGCUUGGAUGAAGCGUGUCAUUGAGGAGCAGCUGCAGCUUGAGCAUGAGAGAGAGGCGGAGUUUGACAUUCUCUAUAGGGAGGAUGCCCAGCGUGUAUGGGAGAGGCGUGAGGCAGAGUGGGAGAAGGAGAGAAGAGCCAGGGAGCGGCUCAUGCAGGAGGUGCUUCUGGGGCGGCGACAGCAGUUGGAGCAGAAAAUGCAGGAGAACCGGCGGGCCCAAGAGGAGUCGCUGCGCAGACGUGAGGAGCUCAUCCAGGAGCUGGAGCGCGAGAAGCAAGAGAGGCAGCUAGAGAGGGAGCAUGAAGAAAGGCAGAAAACAGCGCGUAAGCAGGAGAUCGAUGCACAGCUGGAGACACGACACAGGGAGCAGUUGCAAGCCCAGAGGAGGAGGGAGCUGGAAGAGGAGGAAGAGAAGGAGGCUCAGAGUCGCUACGAGGAAGACCUACGUCUGGAGGUGGAGAGAAUGACACAGCGGGGUCAUAAGGAGAAGAUUCACAGCAGACCUAGAACUGCAUGGACAUGAAAAGUCGGAAGGGUCACACGGGCAGGGCGUUGUUCAGAACUUCCUUGUGCGUUUAUAGAAAGUGUUGUAAGUUAGGUGUCAUAGUGGGUAUAGCAGCUGUUGUGUAUUACAAGGUUAAAAAGAUAAUUGUAUAGCAGUUGGGUUUAUGUAUAUACAGUACACUUUUUAAAAAAAAUGAUUUUCCUAUUAAAAUGUCAUGAAAUGUA